AUGUCCAAAUGGUAUGAGAACGCAAAGGUUUGCUAUGCAUACUUGAGUGAUUGGGCUGUCGAUGGACCCUUGGAAGGGUGCAGAUGGUUUACCCGCGGCUGGACUCUACAGGAACUUAUUGCGCCUAGGACCAUUAAGUUUUUCGACAAGAACUGGGUCUUGAGAGGCACAAAGAGCGAUCUACGUGAUACACUCUCUCGAAUCACUUUAAUCGACGCAGCCAUUCUAACGCAUGAGACAUCUCUCUCUUCAUUAAGCGUUGCGAAGCGGUUGUCCUGGGCUUCCAAACGAGAGACGUCUCGGGUUGAAGAUAGAGCAUACUGUUUGCAGGGGAUAUUCGAUAUCGCGAUGCCUAUGAUAAAUGCUGAUCAUUGCGGCUUCUUUGCUACCUCAGUCACCGAGUUUGAAAAAUGUCAAAAUAUGGACCUUGUCAUAGAUGCCCUCUUGGAUGAUGGCGAUAUACAUCUUACCAGUCAAAGGCUGAAAUUUGGCGUGCCGGAGUACAUUCUUGAAGUUGAUGAAACCAAAACCACCAAGAGUUCUCAGUAUGCGCUCAAGCUCAAUUGCAUGGACCCGGAACUCAAGGAGGACGGCAAAGGGGGACUUUCUUAUGAUUCCAAUGCGCAAGAUUGGUCCAAAUGUCUUUGUUCGGGCUCGCGCCGUAGCCCCUCCGCAUAA